AUGGAGAAGCAGGCUUCAGCAGCGCAACUAGACGAGCAUUCCCAUACAGAGAAUGAGAAACUUCAGUCUUCUGAGCCCGGUUACGAGAAUAUGGGAAAGCCGAUUCCAAUUCCAAGUAUCGAAGAUACGAAAGAGCCUAUCCCCCAUCUACAUGCAAAGACAUUCUUAGUUGUGUUCGCCAUGUGCCUCAUCUACUUUGCGCAAGUCUUUAAUGUGGUGGGUUCUGGGGCACGCGCUCAAGAUAUCGCGGCGGCAGUUGGUGGAUCGACAAAGUCAGUGUGGUUAACCUCCGCGAUUGCCAUCAUCACUACAGUUCUCAGCCCUCCCAUUGCGCAAGCUGCCGAUUACUGGGGACGACGAUGGUUUCUGAUCAUCCUCACAGGCUGUGGUGCUGUAGGGUCGGUCAUCGUUGCGCGUGCCACUUCGAUGGACAUGGCCAUUGCGGGUGAAGUGGUGAUUGGAAUAUCUUACGGAGCCCAGCCUCUGCUACACGCUGUCGCUUCGGAGGUUUUGCCACGAAAAUACCGGCCCUUUGCGCAGGCAGCCGAUAACGUGGCAGCGGCUCUGGGAGGACUCGUUGCGUUGCUGGUUGGAGGUGCCAUGACUAGAAACGCCAACCAUCUGGGGUUCAGAAACUAUUGGUACAUGUCGACCGCUCUCUACACUAUAGCAACAAUUCUCUGCGCGGUGCUCUACAACCCUCCUACGCGGGAAUCUCAACUGAGGCUUACGCACAUCGAAAAGUUGCGGAAGCUCGACUGGAUUGGAUACUUUUUCCUCGCUUCAGGGCUCGUGCUGUUCAGUAUGGGACUCUCCUGGUCCCAGAAUCCAUACUCAUGGUCCAACGCCCAUAUCUUAGCACCUUUCAUCACCGGAAUCGCGUUGACUGCCUGCCUCGCGAUCUACGAAACUAAGUUCAAGAAGGACGGCAUGUUCCACCAUGACUUGUUUAAGCAUGGCUGGAACUUCGUGAUCGCCUUAAUAUGCGUAUUCGUCGAGGGACUGGCUUUCUUCGCAGCCAACAACUACUUUGCAUUUGAAGUCAGUGUUCUGUACGAGACCGACCCUCUGCUAACCGGCAUCCGGUACGGGAUCACUUUUAUCGUCUACACCAUGUUCAGUUGUAUCGCUGGCGCCUUCUGCUCGAGCACCAAGAGGGUCCGCAUUCCGACGGUCGUUGCAUUCUGCUCCAUGAUCACUUUCUUCAUCUGUAUGGCGACAGCCACGCCUGGCUCCUCAGAUGCUGUCUGGGCUUAUCCCAUCUUCCUCGGUAUCGGGCUGGGGAUAUGUCUCUGUGCUUUGCUCACCGUCGCUCAACUCAGCACCCCUCCCGAGCUGAUCUCGAUCGCGUCCGGCUUGAUGAUCGGUGUCCGGUCUCUGGGGGGGUCGAUUGGUCUCGCGGUUUACAACGCCAUUUUCUCCGGGAGGCUCUCUGCGAACAUUGGUCCCAGAAUCGCCGCGGCGGUCAUGCCGCUGGGGCUUCCAGAGAGCUCUCUCACAGCCUUCAUCGGCGAUCUCGCAGCAUCCAAUACCACGGCUCUGCAAGCGGUUCCCGGUGUCACGCGAGAGAUUAUUGGAGCGGGCAUUGGGGGCUUGUCUGAGGCGUACAGCCUUGGUUUCCGAUAUGUCUGGGUUGCUGCGGGUUGCUUCACCGUUGUCGCUGCUAUUGCGGCUCUGUUUUUGGUUGACCCCGCUCAUGAGUUCAACAUGCAUAUUGACGCUCCUGCCGAGAAACAUGCAGCUCUAUACUCGCAGAAUUCUUAG